AGCCAUUAAAACGAUACCGUUUCUUAUCUUCUCCCUCAAACCAAAAAAACACACUCGUCUCUCCCAAGACCUAGCCCUCUCUCUCCCUCUCUCUCCUCUCUCUCUCUCGCCAUGGACGAUCUUCCAUUCCAAAAGAUCACAAUAUCAGGCCCCACAUUAUCCGCCUUGAUGCACCGCAUCACCACUUCCCUCGGCGACGUGGACGGUCUCUUAUUCGGCCACGUAACCCAUCUCACCCCUUCUACCCUCACCGACGACAACACUCCCCAAAACCCCGAUUCUAACGUAAUCGCUACGAUUACCUCCUUCUUCUGCCCUAAUAUCCCUCUCUCCUUCUACGACUCGCUCGGCCGAGUCGACUCAGUGACUCUCCACCGACUCGUCUCCCCAACAACUCAUCAAAGCAAUAGUAGCAGUAGCACCAGUAAUUUUCUCGGCUGGUUUUCCGCGAGAAGGAAGUCCCCAAUCCGCCCUUCGAUGAGGGAAUUCUGCGUUUCGCAAUCUUUGAGCCGCCUUAAGACGGCGGCGAAGGGUGAGAAGGAUUUGAAUCCGUGCGUAUUUUUGUUAUUUACCACGCCAGUACAAGGCGAGUUGUUGUACCAUACGCAUGAGUAUCGCGCGUAUCAGUUUCGGGUUAAUUCAAGGUGUUUUGACCCGAAAUCGAUUGGGAUUGAUAACAUUGGGCCGGAUUUUCGAGGAAACUACGGGUGUUUUAGCCCUAAUUCGCCGUUUCCGGAGUUGAAGUGUGCAUCGGCGAUGAAUGAUGAGGUGGGGGAGGGUUUGAAUAGGAUGGAUAGGGUUUUAAAUGAUCAAAAGGAGUUGGAUAUGGUUGCAGAAGGGUUUUGUGUUAAGGAUUUAGGGAAGUUGAUGGGAUCGGAGACGCUGAAUUCUACAAUGAGUUUGGAGGAUUUGUAUGAGAAAAUGUUGGGUAAGCUUGACAAUUUGGCUAGGCAAGUUGAGAAGAGUAAUGCUAAGGUGUUGGAGAUGGAAAAUCAUAAUAGGAAACUGAGGUACAAAAUUGCCAGGCCUGUACCAGAAUAACUGCUUCAGUCCUGUUUUUAAGUUUUUUUCUUAUUGUAUCAGAUUUCUCAUUUUUCCUCCUGCCCUGUUGUUUUGGGGGAAUCUUUGUGAACAGGAAGGUGCCCAAUCACGUAGCCAUUGUUUGGGAGAUCUGUAAUCAAGAAAUUAGUAUUGAUUGCUACCGUUGUUGUAUAUUUGUGGCGGGAGUUCUAGAUGCCUGAUUAUCAUUGAACCGCGGAUGAUACCAGCAACUGCUUUGCGGUGGAUUUUCAGAACGGCUCAUUGCCCCCUUCUUUUUGAGUUUGUGUACACUGUACACUUUCAUUGUAUUAAAAUCGUUGCUUUGUGCUAUCUUGAAUUUGCUUAUACAAGGAGAACUGAGAACUUGAUGUUGGUUUAGAAAAGAAAUGAAAUCAAAUGGUUAUGCUGCUUU